AUGGAGUAUUUCGAUUUCGAUGAAGCCUCAUAUGGUUCCAACGUUCGUGAAGAUGAUGUUGCCUCGGACAAUCUCGAGUUCGACGAGAACGAGGCCACUGAAAACUACAACGCCAUCUUCCAGGAACAGAGCCUAGAGUUUCCCAACGACCUACCGGAGCAAGAUGCCGGUGAACUAGACAACGGCGUUUAUCCCAUGAGUCGUGCCGAGGAGCCAUGCGACUUUUGCAGGCACAUGAAUCUGGAUUGCUUUGUCGCAAAGAGUGGAGUGAUGCGUCAAAAUGGUUGUACUUGCUGCAUUUCGCUUUAUCGCGAAUGCAGCUUCACCCACGCUCGAGCACCCGGCAAAUUCUUGGAUACCUUACAUCCAAUCUCCGAGAAUACCUACAUUCAUACCGGUGGUCUGACCGGAAAGAAGGCGCUCAAAUCGUUGGGCUUCAUUGCUGAAGAUGAUGGCCGAGCGAGGAAAAGCAAUUCGAGACUGGCGCGGGAAGCGGUCCGCAUCCUCAAAGCAUGGCUCCAGGAACAUUGGGAGCAUCCCUAUCCAACAGAGCAGGAAAAGGACGAGUUACAGCAACGCACAGGUCUGAAGAGGAUGCAAAUAUCCAACUGGCUUGCUAAUGCUCGGAGACGUGGUAAAGUUCCUCCUGGGCCGCGCAACUCUUCCGCGACGGGCGCAAUCAACAUUCCCGGACAAAAAGGCGUGGACAUCACUUACAUGACACCCAUGGAGCGUUGGAAGCACUCGCCCCCUGAAAACGAACCCGCUGCCACCUCCGAUAUUCUGCGAGCCCUGGUCACGACCGACCUGAAUCAUGACCGACAGCGCGCAUCCAGACCAGGUCACGUGCGUUCCCUUUCCCGGAAGACUGGGUCUAGCAAUGACUCAAGCCAUGCCAACUCCAAUUUGUUCCAUGCUCCCUCGGUCAGUAGUCAGGAAACAAGUCGAUCGGCCACUCGUUCCUCUAUAUCAGACCUUUCUUUUGCCUCUGCCUUCUCCCACCGAUCCUCUCUCGGUUCCUUCGGCUCUAUGGAGCGGAAGGAACGCCGUCGCCGGCGCAAGCCCUCACUUCCCGUCAACACCUUCAACCAACAAAAGGCACGCAAUGCCCGCAUAUACCAAUGUACUUUCUGCACCGACUGCUUCCAAACCAAGUAUGACUGGCAACGCCAUGAGAAGUCACUACACCUAGCUCUCGAAAAGUGGACUUGCUCGCCUUCGGGGGGAGUAGCCUUCAUAGAUGGCGCCAACCGUUGUGUAUUCUGCAUGGCUGUUGAUCCCAACAACGAUCAUCUAGAGUCACACAAUUACAGUAUCUGUCAGGAGAAGACACCCGCAGAGCGGUCCUUUUACCGGAAGGAUCAUCUCAACCAGCACUUGAGACUGAUGCACAACAUCAAGUUUAACUCAUCCAUGAACGCCUGGAGGAGCACUCUGACAGAAUUCAAAUCUCGAUGUGGCUUCUGCGGGCUGAGUCUAACAACUUGGAAAGACCGAGUUGACCAUUUGGCCUCCCAUUUCAAGAAUGGCAGUACCAUGGCGCAGUGGCAGGGCGAUUGGGGGUUUGAACCCUUUAUUCAGGGUCUGGUCGAAAAUGCAAUGCCACCGUAUCUCAUUGGCGGCGAGCAGAAGACUCUGAAUCCUUUCAAGCCACCCAACGCUGCACAAACAACUGGUCUGCUUCAACCGGAAGAUGCGAAUUGUUAUAGGCGCCUGCAGCGUGAACUCACCGCAUAUAUCCACAACCAGAGGGCCGCCGGUAUCAUCCCGACAGAUCGAAUGAUACAGGACGAAGGCCGGCGAAUCAUUUAUGGAAGCGACGACCCGUGGAAUCAAACGUGCGCCGAUAACUCGACUUGGCUUAGCUUGCUGAAGCGAGACACAGGACUUGAAGUACUCCCUGGGUCAGAGCACAUUCAACUAUCAGACCUGGGUAUGCGACCGCCAUUUGCUGCUGCUGACGGCCUAAGACAGGCCCCAGCCGAAACCAGCAUGUUAUCCAGUCCCCUCUACCCCAGACAGGGCACAUUCAGUCCCGUGACCCCCAACUCUGGGCUCCAGAGCCCCGCAUUUAUGGGGCACGGUCGGUCUUCCUUUGCCGCGAGUGCUCCUGGGAGUUCCACUGGCAGCUAUGCCGAAAGUUCUGGCUUUCUCCCGUCUCGGCCCUAUUCCAGGCUGUCGGCUGACGUGGGGAGUACCCUGUCUGCUGGCAUUGCGUCCCUCAACACGCCUUUGAGCGGAUCUGUUGACCAAUUCGUGCAAAUGGGGUUCGAUCCCGAGUUCUUACAACAACUGAAUCAGCGGUAUGAUGAGUUACCGUUGGACGAUCUGCAGGGGCUGUGCUUUGAAGAGAGUAGUAGGCGUGAGAAUGAAGUUGGAGCUAGGAACGUUGGACAACAUCAGGUAGAGCCGACUGGAAAAGCACUGCCUUUCUCUACACCUGUCUCCGCUCCCAUAGCCAUCCCCGGUAUGCGGAGCUCUGAUGUGUUCAUGUCCGAUACGGGUCUCAACGAGGAGCUUGCACCAACGACGGAUCAGGGAUAUCCAGGUAUGCAUGAGAGCCGAGAGCAGAUAUAA